ACCCGGAACUUGUAUCACUGCCCGGAAACGACCACUGUGAAGCGAACAGAAGUACCCGAAGGAAGACGGGGGCACUAAAAAUUGACACGGGGCGGAAAAUAUUUGGCCGACUAUAAUCCGCAAAAAAAUUAAGCGGAAAGCGGACUGGAAGCGCAGUUUCGGUCGAAAUUUUGGGAUGCGAACGACAUCGCGCGGGGUUGAACGUUAGCGAGCGCAGCCAGCGGAAAUUGGGGUUUGUUUAACGGAUCGAAAGCGAUGGAGAGGCCUGCGAGAGUGUUUUUCCACGGGAUGAGGAAAAAUGACCUGCUAACCUGAAAUCGGAAACCGCCUUUGUGCACAUCUACGCUUUCGGCGCCCUUUUAGCAUUAUUAUUUUCACGCAUUGCUCUUCAAGAGGACUUUCUCCGUUCACGAGCAGAGGGAUGUGAUUGAAAAAGGGAAUUCGGCUCUCCCCCUCUCCCUCAUCCCCCUUCACAGUCCACACAACCAUCCCGGAGAACAAUCGACGCUUUUCUUUCAACCUGCAAAGGCUUUGGACUGACAGGGUGCUCACGGCAGAACUACUUGGUCAUACCACUGUGCUGUGUUUGUGGUCUUCCAGCGGAGGUGUUACAGACAGAGGUUGGAUACACCCUGUGGACUAUCUGACCUUUCACCUUUUCACUCCAACUUGGAACAAUUGGAGAAAAGAGAGAGUUGCUCACCCGGAAUUUUCUCUUUAAAUGAAGACAUUACUGAGGAAAUCAAAAAGUGGGACCAUUUUAUGCAGAAGUUGUAAAAGGAAUACACCAAUAUCACGAAAAAAAGACAUUCCCUCGUAGCUUCAGUUUUAAAUGGCUUUCAACACUAAAUGAUUUGCUUUUUAGUGAUAAACACAUUUUUGUGAAGCAAAUUUUCAUAUGGUAUUAGUAGACGUUUUUACUGUUUUAACUGUAGAUAUAGUGAUUUUGAAAGACUAAUGCAAACCUGUGUUAUUGCAUGAUAUUGUAAACCGCCUUUUACCCUUUUUUAUAUUUAUAGAUGAUUAUUUAAUCCAAGACUUCCAGAGUUUUAUCACAUGUAGUGGCCUACUACUAUAGCCAAAACUCUGUUUGUUUGGGAUGGACAGUCACAACAUCAGACAGAUUACUCCCACACAGGCUUUUCUUUUUAAAAACUGGAGCUGCUAGCAGAAUACUUUAAAGCUUUAUAUUGAUUAUUAGUGGCCCUAGUGCCAGAUUUUUUUCUGCACAUCUUUUAGGUUAGAUUACACCGUCCACUUUACUGCAGUAAAAAGUGAACAGAGAAAAAAAAAUCCUAGGAACACCCCUCAACAGUGAGAGGGAGAUGUUCCAGUUUGGAAAGUACCCUAUGGACAUUUUAGAAAUGCUUAGUGGACACCAGGCUCACCAGUUCAAAGGACUGGGGCUGGAAAGGCAACUGCAGCACCAACAACAGGUCCAACUUCAGCACCAGCAGCAGCUUCAACAGCAGCAGCAACAACAGAGUGAGGCAUCUGGUGGCCUCCUGUCUGGGCUUGGCCUUGGAUCCCUUCAAGGAUCUAGAAGUAAUGCAUUUGCAGAUUCUUCAUCCUUAUUUGCCAAAAUGAGUGCGCCCCCUCCACCUCUUCCACAACAAACUCAAUCCUCAUCCUCACAAAGCACACGUAAAUCAAGUAAGAUGAGCAGCAGCAGCGGGAGUGGCAGUUCUGCCUCUGGCUAUCCACAGUUCCUACGCACAUUUCACCCUGCUGAGGCUGCGCUAGCGCAGGAGCAGCUGCACUCAGGAAUGGGGCGCUUCGAUUUCGGAGGAGGAAGUACUGGAGGAGGCUCUGGGGUAAUCGGAGGAGUUGUAACAUCAGCACCACCACCGCCGCCCUUGCACCCUGGCCUCUCUGUUCCUCAGCCAUCUCCUGGGCCAUCCUCGUCAUCGCCCUCCCCUUCGAGCUCAACCACCACUUCUAAUAAUCCCCCCAGCAGUAGCAGCUCAGUGGCUGGAUUAGUCGGAGCCCAGUCUGAUGCAAGAAGUUUGCACCAGCAGUUCAGCUGCAUGCUCGCUGCAAACCAAUACCUGUUUUCUGGAGUGCCCACUAAUGCCAGUUUAGAGCAGUUUCUAGUUCAGCAGGGUCCCCACAAUCAUCUCGGACUUGCGGAUUCAAAUACAGGUCUUGCUCCUCCUCCAGCCCUCCAUCCUUCCCAUACUCAUGGCCAUCCAACUCCCCAGCCCCAACAGCAGCAGCAGCAGCUGCCACCUCAUGCGUUGUCCCACCCUCACAGCCAUGCACAUCCACACCACCCUCUACACCCUGCCCCCCAACCUUCACCUCUUGGUGGUUUUGACUUCCAAGGUAUUCCUGUUCUUUCGUCAAAUCAGCUGGCUUCCCUAAUGCAACAAGAAGCAGGCCUGCCUUUGCCACUCCCACUUCAUCUCUCCGUACCAAAAGAUGAUGGGAAAGGAGAUAGUGGAUCCGGGGCUGGAGGAAGUGGAGGUAGUGGCAGCAGGAGAAAGAAAGCCAUGGCUGGCUACCUGCCCCAGAGGAAGACAGAUAAUAACAGUAGCAGCAGUACAAGCAGUGCUAACUGCCAUGCCAGCUCUGGGGCACAUGGUCAUGAUGGGUCCUCUGGUCUUGUGGGAGGAGGUGGAGGGGUUGGUAUGAGGGGUCUUGGUGGUGACCCCUCCUCCAUCCUCUCCUCGUCAACACCGUCCUCCUCUUCUUCAACUGUCUCCUCCUCUUCUUCCUCUGCCCCGUCUUCAAAUUCUGCUUCUGUACUGGUAUCAAAUAUCUCUCAAACCCCCAAGCCCGAAAAUCAGCAAUCAAUGACUCCCAAUAUCACACAGCCAGAGCAAGAACCUCUCUUUCAUUGCGGAGAGUGCGGCAAGUCAUUCACCCACCUCCCGAGCCUUCGGCGACACAUACGCUGCCAUGAAGAAGAUGGUGGCGGCCCCAACAGCAGCACAAACACAAACCCAAGUCAUCAGCAUCAGUCAGAUCUCCCCCACUCAACACAAGAUGGAAUUGCGCAAAAUGCUCACCAUCAGCAUGAGAAUACAGACCCCAUGUCUUCCGCUUGCUCAAGUCCAGAUAAGUCGUACUGUUGCAAUGAAUGUGGAAAGGGCUUUAAGAAAAGAGGGCACCUCCUUCAGCAUGGCGUUAUCCACUCUGGAGCUCGUCCGUACGCCUGCUCUGUCUGUGAGCGGUCAUUUAACCGCAGAGAAUCUCUCACUCGACAUGAGAAAAUUCACGAAGAGAAGCCCUACCGCUGCCCCGCUUGUGGUCGCUGUUUCAGAGAGAGCACUUCAUUGCUUAACCAUGCUGCGUCAGGUAAUUGUGGCAAGCCGGGAAGAAGAUCUAGAAGCAGCGAUGGUAGCUCAAUAAGUUCAGUAGAGGGCAAGGUUGAAAACGAUUUUCCAGGUGGACAAAUGGACGACACAAAAGAAUUGGUAUUUUGCAAGAAUGAGGAUAGCGCCGCAGGGCUGCCCUGUGACAGUAUGUAUUCACAGGGAAGAAGCGUUAAUCAAAAUCCUGUAGGCAAAACUGAAGAGAAGUAUAAUCCAGAGUACUCAAGAGAUCCUUACCAAACACCCUAUAGAGUUGACGACUAUCGUCGUCCACAGGGCAACCCAUCAUCCUACUCUGGAGAGUCCUGUACCAACAGCAUGUCGAGUCCAGCCCUCAGAAAAGCUCCUCUAGCCCCAACACUUCACCCACACCCUCAAAAUCAGCAACACCAUCACCAACCGCAGUCUCAUCUGCCUCUCUCCUCUCUUUUGGAUGACUCUGAAGAUGAAGUCACCAGUAGUGCCAUGUCCGCCAUUGCUGCAGCUGCUGCCGCCUCUGUCUUGCCUGCUGAGAUGAACAGUACUGGGGGACGAGAGGAGCGGAGAGACAUUAUCGGAGGUCUGUUAGGAGGGCUUGGUUUCGGGUCUAUGGGUGCCUCUUCGUCUACAUCCGCGGGAAAUGGUGGGAAUGAAGAAUGCCUGAGUGGAUCAAUGAUACCUUUAUCUCACCCCACCCAACAGCAGCCUAACUCACAGAAUGCCAACAAUCCUAAUGCCAAACCCAAGCGGCCACGGAAGCCCAGACAAAAAAGAGAGCCGAGACCCGGCGGGGCUCCGGGAGAAGGAGUAAAACGUCGGAGAAGCAACGGUGCGGCUGGAGAUGGCUCUGAAAGGCCUUAUUUAUGCACUGUUUGUGGGCGGGGCUUUAGCAGACGUGAGACCUUACGUCGGCACGAGCGUGUGCAUACAGGGGAAAAGCCAUUUCAUUGUGACAUCUGUGGUAAAGACUUCCGGGAACCGUUUCACCUUACCAAACAUCAGACUGUUCACUCGGGGGAGAAGAACUACAAAUGCACCCUCUGUGGAAAAGAUUUCGGAUAUGCACAGAGUCUGAAAAGGCAUGAAAAGCUGCACCUACGGGGGGAUUUCAAGCCGAGGCGGAGUAAAACCAAAUCUGCAAAUGCAAAUCAAGGGGCACCCGCUAAUCAAGAUCAAGCCGAUCAAACCAAUCAAACCAACCCUGGCGCUUACUACUCCUAUUCUCAGGAUAAAGUUCAAGGAUCUAAUGCUAGCACAAGCAACCAACCCCCUCCUAAGCUAUAUACAUGUGAGAUUUGCUGGAAAUCUUUCCGCCAUCACUUCCACCUGACUGCCCACCACCAAGCAAUUCACGAACACGGAGGGGAGAAACUGUUUUCGUGUGAAGUGUGCGGAAAGGCAUUUUCUUACUCCAACAGCCUGACCAGACAUAGAUUAUCUCAACACGGUUUGACUCGUACUGGGCCAACAACGCAACCGACAGGAAGUGAAUCUAUUGGAACUGCCCCAUCUGUCUCUGAGAGCGAGGCUGCCACCAAUGCACUCCUUCAUAUAACACCAGAAAGCGGAAGUCACGGAGUACAACAGCCCCAUUCAACCAUCGCUCUCACACAGCAUCCUCAGCCUGCUGGUUAUUCGCCACUCUUCUACACUCCAGAAUCAGGACAUCACAAUUCAAAUGUGACCUCACACCCCCAACAUCUGCACUACUCAAACCCCACAAUGGGUCCCCUCCAGCUUCAACAACCAAUCAGCGGGAAGCAGCUAAUUUAUUCAGGGGUUCCAAGUAACACUGUUCAUUCCACUCCACCUCAUAUCCACAUUUCGCCACCCCAGCACUCUCAGCACCACCAGCAACAGCACCCGUUUUCGAUGCAGUCUCAACAUCUACAGCAAAGCCCUCAGGCCCAGGGAGAUGCCACCCAGAGGAAGAAAAAAAAAAAAAAGAAAAAAUAUAAACUGGCUAGCAGCAUGCAGUUGAUGACUGGAUUUAGUGCUUACGAAAUUGCCCGGAGGCACAUGUAUUUAAAACGAAAGAAAUGCAGGCUUCAGCAGCAGCUAAAGAGAAAGAAGUGGAUGGCUCAGCUGAAAUGGGCCAAGUUUACUGGAGGAGGGCUUGGUUUAAACGUAGGUGGGGGCACGUGGCGUGUGGGGCGGUUAAGGUUUAGAGGCCUACGGUCUCUCAUCGUUCCCUUAAAGUCAUAUUCUUGCCCCGUCUGUCCCUUUACCACUUUCUCAAGCCGCGUAACUCUUUCAGUGCACCGUGUAACCAGGCACCCGCCGAGAAAACACGGCCGCCAGACUCGCCUCCGCUGCAUAGUCUGUGGAAAACGUUCUCGAAGGCUACUGAUGGCUCUCCGCCAUCGGGCCCACCACCUGUCUCAAGGGGCGUUCUCUUGCUCGCGAUGUCCCUCUCGAUUCUGGAACGGCACCCUCCUGCAGCGCCACAAAUUUGCUUGUCGGCGUGUCAGUAGAGGAAUCAGAAUGUCAAUAAAGGGGACUAAUGUUCAGAAGGCAGAGGACCCGACUGAAAGAUCGACAGUUGUGACAGGUUACAGGCACUAGGUAAAAUGACAUCUAACAAAGGUCGGAAGGCCUUAAAAACUGAUGUUUUGGAGGCAAGGAUCACGUGAAAGCAGGCAAAGAGGACUUUGGUGGAAAUCGCCACGCGUUAAACUCCUUAAACGUGGUCAUAACCAAGGGAGUGCCUCUUAAGAGACUCAGCUGGCGUGAAAACAAGCCUGUACCUAAAGAACCAUCCAUUAUAGACAUGGAUCUCUAACACGGUUUCUCCAAAGGGGAAGAAUAUUCUAGAUUAUGGAACUGUUUUUUGGUAGCACCUUUGUUGUAAUGGUAGCAUCUCUAUCCUCUAAAAAUGCAUUCAUUAUGUAUUUUCGUAACUUUAUUUGUGCUGCAAUGAUGGAUGCAUACCAGUGAAAGUGAACUAAUUUGAACAGUAACAAUCUAUUCUCUAAACUAGUUUCCCCCCAGUACUCAGAGCUUAACGGUAUAGCCUUUGUUUACUCUCAAUUAUACGUAGCUUUUUUUGUUCAUUGUGGUGUUGUGUUUUGUUUCCCCCCCACCUUUUGCUGUCUUCAUGUUAAAAUGCAAAUGUUUGACCUGGAACUGAAAGUUACUGGUUUUGGGAAGAGAAUCAAAUACAUAGUGUGUGUAUUCCCGAUGAACAACCUCAAUUACGACACUCCACGUUGAAUCGAACAGUGUCUCAAAGAGGACUCGCUGCAGUGAAACUGUCGAAAUAUUCUGCCGAGCUGAUGCCGAGGGGACAGAAUGGUGUUGCUAAUGCCAUGUUCCUGUGUUUAAUGUCAUCUGUUUUUUAAAGAAAUAUGUAAAGAAUACCUUUGCAGGUGUUUCUAUGGCAAGUGUUAAUGUCUUUGGUUGUGAGAUUGGCUAGCGGGAGCGAGGAAACAGCCAGUCUGUACUGUACAAUGCGUAUUAUAUUUUAUUAUGUAACAGUUGUGUUCUUUCUUUUUUUUUAUUAUUCAAAGUAUAAGUUUUUUUUUGUUUUGUUUUUAUUUUUAAAUCAUUUUUACUAUUUUAGGGGUGGGUGGGUUUGUGGCAGGGUCUGUCAUUGUAAGAUGUGGGGAAUAUAUGUAUCGGUGUGAUUUUUGUUCCCUGCCCCUUUGAUCUGUUUAACCCAAACCACAGUUUAGCCCAGCUUUCCCAACACUAUUGUAUUCAUUCUCAAUACUUUACUUAGCUCUACUGUCCCAAUGUUUUCCUCUCAGUAAACUAAAAUACAAAAUAUAAAUACUAAACAACUGUUUUCUUUUUCUGAGUCAACAGAAAUGUUGAGUUUCUCAGAAAGCAAAUAAAAAGAUAGAAAAUGUA